CCACCAUACCUGUGAAGCCUUACAGUCGGCAGCUUUUCAAUUUGGAGGACACAUGAUUUACCUGGUUUUAUUUCUUCUUACUGUCCAGUGUAUCACUUCAGUCCCUGUUGUAAGUGGUACUGGCGAUAAUGAAGAGCAGGAAGAAAUUGAUAACUACAAACAUUAUUUAGAGGAGGCACCGAAAUCACUGCACUUGGACCCUGAAACCUUGGCUUCUUUGAAAACUCUACUUGCCGGUAAUAUCACUGCAGCUGAUUAUAUACGACUUUGGAAUUCAAGUUUACGCGAUUGGUCUGAUGAAUCUAAACGUCAUAUAGUUGAAAAGCUUGUGGAAGCUCGUUCACGACAAAAGUCACAUGAGUCUGAUUCUGAUAGUGAAAAUCUUGGUAGUAAAAGGAAACCCUCCAAUAUGGAAUUAGUGCAAAAGGCUGUUAAUCGAUUGAGAGAACUCGAUUCUUUGCAAGAGAAGCAGUACGAAGAGCAUGUGGCUAAAGAGAAAGCUGAAAGAGUAAAACAAUUCCUUGAGCUACCGGAAGAAAAACGUGCUGAAAUGAUUAAGCAUUUCAAAGAGGAAGCUGAAAAGCACCGAAAGCGCCCAAAAGUCCAUCAACCAGGUAGCGAUGAACAGCUUAAAGAAUAUUGGGAGAAACAAGAGGGUAUGGAAAGGGAAACAUUUAAUCCUCGAACUUUGUUUUCUGAAAUUGACUUGGAUGGAGAUGGUCAUCUUAGUGUUCACGAAGUUGAAGCUGUAUUACAACGAGAACUCGAUAAAGUUUAUGAUAUGAAAGAUCCGGAAUUCGAUCCAUUGGAAGAAAAAUACGACCGGAACAAAAUGAGACAGAAGUUUAUGGAACAUUACGAUACAAAUGGAGAUUAUUUUGUUUCUCUUGAUGAGUUUUUAAAGGGUAUAGAAUCAAGUUAUGCAAAAAGAGAUGAAGACUGGAAGACGGCUCAAGAUGAAGAGGAUAUGUUCGAAACUAAUGAAGAAGAAUUAAGGAGAUUAGCCAGUGAGGCACAAAAACAAGCACAUGUUACUGAACAAUCACAUCCGUCGUCAUCAAAAGUUUAAGAUAAGAAAAUAUUUUCUAUUUUUUGUUUGAUCACUGGACUUCUUUCUUUUACUCAUUUUAUCAAUCGUGCAAUUAUAUACAACAAAUUGACGACCGUAUUGAACUGAGCAAUCAUUAGUGUUGUUUUAAUUUUUUUUUUGUUUUUAUUCCUCACCUUCUUAAGUUUACUUACUUCUUGGUUGGUUCUGUCUCUAAAUGAUUAUUAUUUACAACACACUUUGUCUUUAUGACUAAUCCGUUAUUGACACCACCAUACACUUCACUUCAUUCAUUUUUUAUGCUUAGUCUCCCUCGUUUUUUUUAAUGCUCUGGAUUCAUUUCCACCUUAUUCUGUUUUGUUUCUAUUUUAAACAAAUAUUUAUUUAAAGAUUUUAGUAAUCAAUAAAGGUUUUCAGGAAGUUU